AUGCCUCCAUCAGCGCAUCGGGAAGACAGUCAGACGCGUGGCGCCAACGGUGUACCGCCGCCACCACCUGGCCCCCCGCCGCGAUCGGAAAGUUUGACCAGGAUUCAGCAACUUAUGCAGCGGCAGAGAACCGUCAGCGGACCAUUGAGCACGAGACAAGGCUUUGUAGGGAGUAGACAGAGUCCACCGGUGCCGGAGGUGCCUGAAAUUCUGACUCUUCCUUCGUCUUCUCCUCCUCCAGCUGUUCCGCCAAAGCGGAAGAUGGAGCAACAGGAGGAUAGUGGUAGACAGAGGGCAAGCCCACGGCAUGAGGAGGAACGCGAACGACAGAGGAGGGAAGAUAAUAAUCCGUGGAAAGAGGCAAUAGACUCGCCCAGGAGGGCGGCUACAUUACCGAACCAACAAUCCUUCUCGGCGUCGCCGCGAGCCAUCACUCCCGCCAGAGAAAGUUUCACCGAGCCCGAACCGAGUCCCACCUUCACAGUGUACCGCGAUUCGAAUCCCGCUCUGAAUGGUUCAGCAGUUCGCAGAAAACCCGUUGGCCCACAACUUGUCACGCAAGAUCUAGGCCGUGGUCCACAACUUCCUACGCCACCGCCACAGCAGUCCUCGCCGAUAUCGCCCGGCUUGAAUAAUCGCGAAUCAAAUGCCACACUCAAAGCGAAUGGCGAAGGUCCAAGCAGGAAGGACACUGGCAAGGAGCCGGAAGGGCCCGAGGACUUCAUACACCAGACAAGACGUCGAUACAAGGAGAUGUUGCAGGCCGAAGAUGCCGCCUAUACAGAUGCCGACAAACUCCGCAUAUUCUUGCACUUCGUCGAGAGGGAAUGCAAAAUACGACAGCCGUUGUACUCGCAAGCCGAUCCGACGGAUCUGAAACGUGUUGUCAAAAUCCUUCAGGUGAUUGCCAUGGAGGAGCACGAAAGUCUUACCCCAAUUUCGCCUGUUGGACGCCAGCGUGCAGAUCGGGAUGGAGAUAUCGACAUGUCAUCGCCGCCCGACCAAAAAACACGUCCGGGUACGCAAUGGUGGGGACAAAAUCUAACUGCCGCUUCGUUCCCCACCUCGGCGAUGUCAGCCUACGAGCAGCGCGUCGCAGAAGAAGAGUCCUCUCGCGGUCGCGCCAGCUCCAGAUGGUGGGAGAACUCGAACGACGACGGCGGAUCGUGUUCUGUUUCUGAGCUUGUCCGUUCCGACGAUAAUGACAGUGUGUAUGGCUCCGCAUACCCACGACGCAGCAAAAGGUUCACCAAGAAACCCCGCCAGAGUUUGAAAGAGAUCGCAGAAUUGGCGAAUAGCCCCCGGAGCUUGACUUCUGGUCCGGGUAUCAGCCAUGAUGCUGCUUCAUACCUGAACUCAACUGUUUAUCCCCCGGACCGUAAAGCUGGAUCGCGCAGUAGAUCGCGGGCCCCGGGAAGUUCUCGGACUAGGGUUCCUAGGAGAAGAGAUAACCUCAAGACAAGCCUCGAUAUCGCUCCGCUGCUCACGCUUCUUCCAGUCUGGCCCAGAGAAUACCCCGCCAUCAACAACUGCCAUCCGCGUCUCGACGUUUUCCGCGAUCUGGUCCGCACUCUCAACGAUCUGACCAUGCUCAAGGACCUGCAGCAGCGUUUCGCCGAGAAAACUGGCAAGACCAAAGACUCGUUCGUAACCGAAUCGCAGCGCCGACGCAUCAGUCAAGCUGAACGGAUCCAACGCCUUUACUCCCGCGGCGAUCUCCACUACGAUGAGAUGGAGCGCCUCAACCUCGAUUUCGAGCGCGAGGAAACGAAAAUCAACCACGAAGCCGAGGAGGAGGAUUUCAAAGCGUUCGACGUCGAAGUCGUGACUCCGGCCCACCGCGACCUCCACGAACGGAUCAACGCUGCCACGGCCGCCUACUCGGAUCUCAUCGCGCUCAUCAAAGCGCGCAAUCCCAACCUUGCCGCCGACUCGGAGGAACAGCCAGAGCUCCUGGAAUACCUCACCGCGCUCAAGUGGAUCUUCGACGUGCGCGAAACCCUGCACCAGAGCGUGUUCGAAAUGCUCACGGAGCGCAAUGAACGCUACAAAUCCCUCACCCUUGGGCCGCUGCGCACCGCGCGCGAUCAGAGCCGCUUCCAGUCAACGUCGGCAUUCUUCACGCAGGACGCGGCGACGCGAUUGGCGGAAUUUAACAAGCAGAAGAUCCUCCGCCACGAGCAGUUUAUGGACUUCACCGAGAACCAGGUGACGCUCGGCGUCGAGGAGGCGCGCUCGCGCUUCUGGGAGGUUGCUCCGCUGGUUAUGGAGUGUCUCGAGAAGAUCCCCGACAACCUCGAGAACGUCGUGCCCAUCAUCCCGCCCGAGGAGUCGUCGGAACACCCAGAGUGGGUGCAGCAGCCCAUGAGGUACCUCGAACGGAAGAUUGCGGAGACGGAGGGCGCCAUGAGGGGCCUGGGCGUCGAGGAGGGCGAGGGCCUGCUCUGUCUGCUCCAUGGUGUCAAGAGUGCACUCACCCGUGCCAGGGCGGAGGCGGUGCACGGUGACGAUGGGAGGCGCGAGGAGCGCCGGUUGACUGAGGACCUGAAGGAGAAGGUCGGAAUGAUCGAGGAUGAGUGGAGAGAGGGACUGGGCGGGAUCCUGGAACGGAUCAAGGAGGAUGUGGAGAGGGAGAUGGAUCGCAUCGAGCCGGGAAGGAAGGGCAGUUAG